AAAACCCUUCCCAGAAUAGUAACAAAGUCAUAUCGCAAUCCAGGUACAGAAAGCUGCGCACAGAUUUUCAGUAAAGGAAGGACAAAUAACCAUUUUCAAUAUUUCGGCAAACAGUCUUGUACGGACUUUUCUUCUCUUCCAACAAAAGGAAUAUGUUUCAGAACAUAUCCGUCGCCAGUAAGCUUGUUUCUAAAAUGAACGCUUCUUUGCUUUAUUUUCCUGUUGUUUACCGGAUAGUUAACGGGUCAGAGACCGGGGCUCCCUUUUUGGCUAAUCUUUCUUUACCUACUGUCAGACCAGCAAGGGAUGAAAAGUUGGCACUGGCCGAGGUUACUGUUCUGGGGGUGAUUUUCAUCGCAGCAUCUGUGGGCAAUACUGCCAUGGUUCUAACUCUUUGGAGAAGAAGGAAAAAGCUGUCUCGCAUGUAUGUCUUUAUGCUCCACCUCAGCAUUGCAGAUUUGGUGGUGGCCUUCUUUCAGGUCCUUCCUCAGCUGGUUUGGGACAUUACAGAUGUAUUUUUGGGACCAGAUCCUCUGUGCAGAAGCAUGAAAUACCUGCAGCUGGUAGGAAUGUUUGCUUCCACCUAUAUGAUAGUGGCGAUGACCAUAGACAGAUUCCAGGCAGUUUGUUACCCAAUGGUGACUUUCCAGAGAAAGAGAGCCCUCUGUAAUGCUCCUAUCUGCAUAAGCUGGUCUUUCUCUUUGAUUUUCAGCAUUCCUCAAUUUUUCAUAUUUUCAAAGACUGAGAUAGGGGAGGGCGUCUUUCAGUGUUGGGGUGAGUUCAUCCAACCAUGGGGGUUAAAAACUUACAUCACCUGGAUCUUUGUAGUUAUUUUCCUAAUUCCCACUGCUAUUCUAACCAUCUGCCAGAUGAAGAUCUACAAAAGCAUUCAAACAAAUGCCUACAUCAGGAAACCCACUCAACCUUGCAGAAGAAAUCCCAAGCAGAUAACAGCCUUGCCUUCCCGAGUCAGUAAUACCAAUUGUAUUUCAAAGGCUAUGAUCAAAACAGUGAAGAUGACAGUGGUGACAGUUGUAGUUUAUGUCAUCUGCUGGACACCUUUCUUCAUUGUGCAGUUGUGGUCUGUUUGGCAUCCCAGUGACAUAACUGAAGGUCCAGAAUUCACCAUCAUCAUGCUUCUGGGAAAUUUAAACAGCUGCACAAAUCCAUGGAUUUACAUGUAUUUUUGUGGUCACAUCCCGUGUUGUGAGAAGCAUUCAGAAAUUGUGCUGAUACAAGAGGAAUCUCUGGUUACAGCCACCAUCAAUUUGGGGGACAAAGAAUUAGAUGACAUUAUGACAGCUGUAUGACCUAGUCUAUUGUCUCAGUACUCAGAUCGAGUGGAUCCCCAUGUAGGAGGCUGGAAAACAUUUAAAGGACAUCUGCUUUUACGUUUUUUUUUUUUCCUUUUCUGUUUUUAUACUACAAGUAUAUGAUUUCCAACAUAAGAGGAACCAGUUUCAAAAGACUAGUAUUUGUGAUUACCAGUAGAUCUUUUGUGAUCUUGUCCGUAUUAUUUAAAGAAUGUAUUUUAAGAGUGUGUUUCAGUAAAGAAUCUGUGUUUAAGCAUACAGAAUACUUUCUGAUCAGCAUUUGCUGUACUAAAUAAUACCCUGAUCAUACAGAAUAGGAUGAUCACUUUCUGGAUCAUCCUAGAAAUGCUUUCUUUGUCUAAUGACCUUCUUUAACACUAAAACAUUUGUGCUGCACACUUCUCAAUGGUACACAUUUUCGCAGAAUGUUCAGAUUUUUGCCUCGUAUUUUUGGUCUGUUUUCU